AUGGAACGCAAUGGGGAAGAGACAGACCGCAUAGCAGGCGAGGCUGAGAUUGAACGGAAGGCAACGAAUGACCCUCAUACCCCGCCCUCUGUAAUACAUGAGUUGCUCACGUCAGGCUGGCGCUUGCAAGAGCCUUCACUGCGGCCUCCCUCAACUCAGAACAGGCAAUUUGUCCCCAUAGCAUCAAAGAUGGCACAGGCUAAUUCACCAUCCAUAUUCGCCGUCAUCAGACAGUUGCAUCUCUGGAUCUCAGACGCACGGUUUGCGCUGUCCGAUGAUCCGGUUCCCGUGUCUCUCUGGGAAGAUGAAAUAGGGCGGAUGCGAGUGUGGGCUGCCGACGUUGGAGCCGGUGAAUGCGGUUCGUUGUCCCUGGACUACAGACUGCGCGAUUCAUCUCACCUCAGGGAUCAGAUCUCCCGCCUUCUAGAACAGCUUCAAAGGAACUGUAAAGAUUUGCUGGUCAUUGCAGAUCCCGGUUCAGAUGACGGGAAGCUUCUGAAUCCUGAUAUGAACGAAGAGCAUCAGCCAGGCCUUCAGACAGAGCUCCAGUCAAUAUAUCACUCAGUGCAUAAUGCAGUGGACUGCCUCUUCCGAAUUUCAGUGGCAAUCCGCCAACCUUCCAAGCAUGAUUAUCUUUUAGGGAUCAAGGAGUGUGAUAUAAUCCAGUUUGAGCCCCUCGGUCAACGGCUCGUUCGCUCUAGUUAUCGUCGGGCAGAUAAAUGGAUCGUCGAUCGGCUUAGCAGAACGUUAUCACUGCGCCUGGCAAUUCUGCAGUAUAGAAGCAGAUGUCAAAUAGAACUCGCUGGAGGAUUGGACAGUGUCAUGUAUGGCAAGCCUGCCACACCGAGACUUGUUAACCGGGGCAGCUUACAGCUUGGGGAACGGGAGGAUUGCAAGAAUUCCAGUUGCUCGCGUGCAGCGAUUCUUGAGGAAGAAGGUGAUGAAGCAUUUGUUUAUUUUCCCAGCCAAUCAGUGAAGGAAGCGUAUGUAUGCCCUUAUUGCUUUUUCAUGGUCAGGAUUAGUUGCAGUGAGCAGUCUUGGGCCCAGCACGUCCUCAACGACAUCAUGCCAUAUGUCUGUGUCUUCCCAGACUGCCCAUCGCCUCUUCAUUUGUAUGAAUCACGGCAAGAAUGGUUCGCACACUGCCAACUUCAUCUUAAGGGGUUGGGCACUAUUGGGGUACUAGAAGAGUGUCAGCCAGAAUGUCAACCAGAGUGCCAACCAGAGUGCCCAACGAAGUGUCCCUUAUGCACACUGAGCACGACAUCCGACACAAGCUGCUGGGAGAGUCAUGUUGCCAAGCAUCUUGAGAAACUGGCACUACUUGCAUUGAAUCUGCUGGUGGACAAUCCAGAAGAGAUGCCUAUAGACUACGAAUACAAUCCUGCUUGUCGCGCCUAUGGGAACGUACCAGGACGAUUCUGGAGACAACCAACGAGAGAUGAUUAUUAUGAAAAGCGGAACGAAGUACCAGGGCCCAGCACUUGGGAGGAAACGUCUUGUGGCAACGACGCAGCAGCGGAAUCUCAACCCUGGAGAUUUAUUUGUCAUCCUCGCUGUACAAGCUGUCGGUCAGUUUCAGGUUGA